AGGUAGAGAGGGACGAGAUGUAGGACUUCCUCGAUGCGCAGGAGGCGGGCGAGGGCAGGGUCGGUGAGGCGGGGAUGCGAGACAAGGCAGCUGGACGCUGCGAGCCCGAUCUGCCUGGGGAGGAGGUAGUGAUGACAUCGGGAGCGGAUGGCCCGGCGGGACGAGGUGCGAGGGCAUCACGACCUGAGUUGGAGCGCGCUAGGAGGGAGAAGAGGAAAGUGGGGGAGGAGGACAUUGACGUGCGGGACACGACGAGGGAGAAGAGGGCACAUCAGACGACGAUCGACGAGCUGUACGCGAAGGAGAAGUUGAGCGAGUUCACUGACGCGUGGCUGCAGUGGAUCUACGCGAAGGGGUUGCCGUUCAACGCCUUCAGAGGGCCGGAGUUUCAGAGGGUGCGUCAGGCGGCGGAGAGAGUCCCCCGCAACCUUUGCUUCCAGUUUCCCUCCUACAGGGUUACAGCGGGCGUCGGGAUCCCUUCGCAGAGGGGGAAGGUGGCGACGAUGGUGAGCAAGGUGCGGGCCGCUUUCCGGCACACCGGUGCCACCAUCCUCUCCGACGGAAGGAAGUUGUGUAGCGGCAAGCCGCUCGUGAACUUCCUGGCUGGGGGCGCCAACGGCGCCCUGCUAUAUGCGACCGUCGCACGUGACGGAUCAGGCGCUCACACGACGGAUAUCGUGUAUCGCAGGUGGCAGGCCAUCAUCUUGUCCUUUCCUGCAAAGGACGUGAUCGGCUUCUGCACGGACUCCGCCAGUAACUAUAUAGCGGCGGCCUGCAAAUUCGCCACCGACCCCGACGAAAACAUCAGGAGGAUCACUUGGUUUCCUUGUUCCACCCACGUCUGCAACUUGAUGUUGUCAGACGUCGGGACGCGAGUGGGGUGGGUCAAAGAGACCAUCAUCCAUGCCCGAGCGUUAGUGCGAUUUAUUAAAUCGCACGGAGCUGCGUUCGCCUUUUUCAGGAGGAUGAACCCUCUUGUCACGCUGGUUGAGCCCGUUGAGACCCGGUUUGCAUCAGUUUUCCUGAUGCUGACGUGUCUCAAAGGCCAGCAGGACGCGUUAGAGAGCAUGCUGCACGGCGACUCGUGGGCUCGCAUCCCGUGGGAGCGCAGGCUUGUCUCCCAGGCACGGUGGGUUCAGCAACAGAUCCGCGACGACGUGUUCUGGCGAUGCGUUGACUGUGCCAUCCGCGUUAUGUCGCCCAUCCACCAGCUCUUAAGGAGGAUGAAUAGAGGGGGGAUGAUGAUGUCCAUCGUUUACGAGUGGAGUCAGCAUCUUCUGGAGUUGAUGAGGAGGGUGGAUGUGCCGGCGGACAUGAUCGAGCCGUGCGACGUGUUCGGCAAGAGGGCGGUGGAGCUAUGGCCAUGGUCGGAGCAGAUGUCGGACGCUGAUGCAGACGGUGACACGUCGGGCGACGAGUGGACAGACGAUGACGACGCUCCCGUUAGCGGCGACACGACGGCGGCGCGGGUCGAUUUCACGUACGGCGGAGGACCUGACGACAUGACUCCACACACAUCCGUCAUCACUGACGAUGUGCCGUCCGGUGGUCAGGCCAGUGGCACCGGCAGAGCCGGUGACAUUCCGAAGAUGGAGAGGACUCCAUCAUGCGCCAGUGUCCGCCAUCGCUCGCCGUUCGAGCUGCGCACCGACGACUUUUACGUUGGCGGCUCGGGCGGGGGUUUGGGGGAUCUCAGUGCCCCGAGCGAGGGGGGAACCUCACUGUCAGACGUGCUCCUUGACGAUUCUGAUGUGCGGGGCCAUGUAGAGACCGCGGAGGACCGAGAUGCCCGACUGGACAGAGAGGAGGAGGAACGGUUGCGGACUUUGCCGGGGUGGGACGGUCGUUUCGCGUAUAUGGAGGAGCAACGCCAACAAAGGGAGUUAGAGACAGGGGAGUUGGAGACAGGGGGUUUUGGUGGGGAGGCUGAUGCGGGGGCGGCCCGACCGGGUGUCCCCACGGGUGUUGAGGGAGAUGGUGUCGUCGUGGGUGGUGAGGGGGAGGGCGGUGGCGAGGACGAGGAUGAGGACAAGGAGGGGUCCGACCACGGCGACAACGACGGCGACGACGGCGACGACGGCGGCAACGACGACGACGGUGGCGACUUUGGCGACCACGGCGGCGACGAGGCGACGGAACUUAAGCGUCAGCUUGAGGAGCUCCUUCGACUGGGUUUCAUUAAACCCAGUAACUCCCCUUGGGGUGCACUUGUCCUCUUUGCUCGCAAAGCGGACGGAAUCUCCACCUCUGCAUCGACUAUCGCGACCUUAACCGUUAAGGGCAACUAUCCCAUGCCCCGCGCGGAUGAGCUGUUUAACCGUCUGGCAGGCAACCGCUUCUUCACGAAGAUCGAUCUUCGUAGCGGUUACCACCAGAUUCGCGUUGCCACAAAGGAUCAGCCGAAAACCGCCUUCCGAUCGUGCUUCGGCCACUACGAGUUCACGGUGAUGCCAUCCGGCCUCACCAAUGCACCCGCCACUUUCCAGACGAUGAUGAACGACAUCUUCAGGGACAUCCUUGAAGAAUAUGUUCUCGUAUACCUGGACGACAUCCUGGUGUACAGUCGUACCUUAGAAGACCAUCUCAGACACCUCCGCGAUGUCCUACAACGCUUACGCAAGCAUGGCUUCUUUGCCAAGCUCAGUACGUGCCGCUUUGCCCAGCACAAAGUGGACUUCCUAGGACACCAUGUGUCUGACCAGGGUCUCCACAUGGACGAUGCGAAGAUCACUGUUAUUGCAGAGUGGCCCGUCCCCACAUCUGCCAAGCAGCUUCGCAGUUUCCUAGGCCUCACCAGCUACUAUAGUAAUUUUGUCCAGGGAUACGCUAGGUAUUCCUACGUCCUUACCUCUUCCCUCCUCUGGAAGAACCCGCUGUGGUUUUGGACACCCCUGUGCGAGGACGCCUUUCGCGCCCUCAAGAAGGCGGUGACCUGUGCGCCGGUUCUUCGCCUUCCCGAUUUUGAUCGUCCCUUUAUCGUCACCACCGAUACGUCAGAUUUUGCAAUAGGAGCUGUCCUUUCUCAGGUGUUUCCCUCUCCUCCAGAUUCACCUUACCCCCAUGUUCCUCCUCCCCCCCCCCCUCCUGCUGACACUGCUUCUCGACUAACGCCUACCCUCCCACCACUUUCCUCCACUGACAGUCCUCCUGUUACUUACUCCCCGACCAUCGCGGAGGAUGGGACUGUCGAGGCUCGUGCUGGGGAUUGCCCGAUCGCUUUCUACUCCCAUCAGCUACUGCCUGCCGAGAUAAACUACACUUCCGAUGAAUGUGAGGUUCUCGCAGUAGUUUAUGCUACCCGGCAUUGGCGUCAUUAUCUGCACGGGGUGCCCUUCACGGUGCGCACGGACAACUCAGUUGUCCAGGCUUUCCUCACAAAGCCUAAGCUUUUCCCUCGACAGGCACGCUGGUGGCGUGACUUAUCCGAGUUCAAUUUCACCACUCAGCCCAUUAAGGUUGAAAAGAACCGCGUCGCCGAUACCUUGUCCCGUCGUCCUUAUCACAAUCAGGAACCCAUGCAGCUUGCUGCCAUCUCCAUCACCACAGUUGAUCAGUCGGUGAUCGACGCGUAUCGCACUCAGUACCGCCACUGCCCCGAUUAUCGCGUCAUCCACGCGACACUGCGGAGUGGCAAGACCGUUCCUUCCUACUCCAUCGGGGAGAACGGCCUCGUGUACUGGCAUGGUAGAUUUGGUCAGCUAGAACCACGUAACUGCGUUCCCUCCACCGGGCAGCUCCGCGUCCAAGUUGUAGUAGAGUUUCAUGACCAGGCAGUUGUCGGUCAUAUAGGUUUCCACAAGACGUUGCCUCGUGUUUGCCGCCUAUACGUCUGGCCGAAGUCCAAGGACUUUGUCAAAGCCUACAUCCAGGAGUGUCCUACCUGCCAGGAGGUGAACAGUGCGAACCACCUUCCGUAUGGGUUACUUCAGCCCCUACCCAUACCUGAAGGUCGUUGGCAGUCCAUCUCGAUGGAUUUCAUUGGUCCUCUCCGCCCACCCACUGAGCGCGGUCAUGAUGCUAUCUUGGUCGUCGUCCAUCGCUUCACGAAGCGUGCACGUUUUGUCCCGUGCCGCUAUCGCAUUAGCGCUCGUGAGGUCGCCGACAUCGUCUUCAACCGAGUCGUGAGAGAUCACGGCUUACCUCAGAGCAUCAUCUCCGACCGUGACCCGCGCUUUACCAGCACAUUCUGGCGACGCCUACAUGAGGUGUACGGAUCCCAGCUCCGCUUCUCAUCGUCUUACCACCCUUAGACGGAUGGUCAGACUUAGGUCACCAAUAAAACUCUCGGUGAUAU